ACUGCCUGGCAGCUGGAGGUGGAGUGGCUAGCCUCCCUCAGCCUGUGUAACCCAUUGUUUCUAAAGAGAUGUUGGUGCAGGAGUCGCCAAGCUCUCAGGCCAGCUCUGGGUUCUUUGCUGAGAUGGAGGUGUAACCAAGGAAGGGGCUUGAAAAGUAAAAAGGACAGGAAAUGAAGACAACGAAGGUAGAUGACCUGGCCCUGACACAGUGGCCAUGAAGCAGGAGACCAUCUUCCCCAAGGGGUGGGCCAAAGACUCGGCUACUCCCCUGACCAUAAAUGGCUUGGCCAGAGCUCUCUGGGAGCCACCUCUUCUCCUGUCACCCUUGCUCUCCCAGCUGGAUGUUCCUACAAAUGCAAGACACAAGCCAAUAACACCAGCAAGAAAGGAGCUUGCUGAGGGCAGCGUUUGGAGAAAGCUCUCGGGAGGCUGUCGGAAAUGAGUUUUUCACUGAACUUCACACUGCCGGCCAACACGACUUCCUCCCCAGCUGUUACCAGUGGGAAAGGAGCAGACUGUGGACCCUCUCUUGGGUUAGCAGCUGGCAUCCCGUCCCUGGUAGCCACAGCCCUGCUGGUGGCCUUACUAUUUACUCUGAUUCACCAAAGAAGAAGCAGCAGUGAGUCCACCGAGGAAAGUGAGAGGCCUUGUGAAAUCUCAGAAAUCUAUGACAGUCCCAGGAUAGCUGAGAAUCCUAGGAGGUUACCCACACAGGAGAAGAAUAUCAUGGGAGCAGAAGAAGCCCACAUAUACGUGAAGACUGUUUCAGGAAGUGAGGAGCCCAUUCGUGACACUCACCGUCCUGCUGUCGAAGUGGAGAGAAGGAGGGGAUUGUGGUGGCUUAUUCCCAGACUGAGCCUGGAGUGAUGCAGCACAGCCAAGGAGCAGAUCUGGAGCUGGAACAGAGCUAAGCACACAGGGAUUUGUGCUUGGAAUGAGGAGAGACGCCACGCUGCCUCUUAACCAAUCCAAAUUUCAUUUGCAGAUCUGGAAAACUUUGGGGUUGACUUUACUCUUCAAGGAACAGAUCUGAUAAGGUUCCUUCCAACGCUCAGACCUUGUGGUUUAAUAAGCAGUGAAGUCAUUCUGCAUCCAAAAGGAGCCCUUGGAUCCUGCUCCUGACCCCAGUGGGGAUUUGCUUUUCUUUGUGAUUUGGGGAAAGGGGUUUGAUUUCUCAGUGACUUGCCUCCUCAUCUUUUUUCAUAUCCGUUUUCUCAAAAGAGCCAUCAGACCUGGCUUCCAUGGGCAAGUUGGCCAAGGCUAGCAUGGUGCAAGUUGGGAUAUAAAUGAAACGUACAGGGGAUGUGUGAGGAGAAGCAGUUCCUUAUUUCUGAACAACUCAGGGUAGAAACCACGUGGAACCACAAGUUCCCUGAUCACAGGGGCAGCCCACUGCUGCGUCAUUCAUCACUCCCACUUGUGAUCAGAGGGUAUCUAAGGAUACCCUGUAUGAGCCCAUUCUGUAAUGGGCUCUGUGUCUGUGUGUGGGUGCGUGUGCACGGAGGGUAAAUAGGGAGGAGGGAAAGCAGAGGUUGUUUCAAAAGAUUAUUAGAAAUGAGGGCUAUACCCAUUUUGCGGGAGUGGAGAGAAAGGCCCAAGUCCUUGGACCAUAAUGGGGAAAAACUCAUUAGCAGGAAGAAAGAUCAAGAGAACUCUGAGUGGAUGAACACAGGACCAAAGGGAUGGGCUAAGUAGCAAUGUGACUGUCAUCUGAGGGGAGCCCAUGACAGUGCCACCGUCGCUUCUGUGAGGAGGCUUACGGGAGUCCUGGUUCCCCUAGGCAGGUCCAUUGCUUGUGAGCACGCCGGGUCUCCUGGUGGGAGAACUGGGUCCAGGGCAUCUUGGGGUCCACCCACCAGCCCCAUGGGCCUCCUUGAAAUGCUGUGGAAACAUUCCUUUCUCACACGGGGACCCUGAUUGCUCAGAAACACACCUCCUCUUCUUCAAAUAACCAAGGACAGGUUAUACACAUCCAAUCACUGCCACACACUAACACGUGCUCUUCAAAGCUCUUUGUGAAAUUCAGUUUUGUACCAAGUCCACUGAGUCUAGUCACGUUAACAAGCAGAUUUGGCCGUUUUUAAGCAGACAUGCCCAGGGAUCCAGGUGCUUAUACUCCUCUUACACGGUGGGAAGGACCUUGGAUUUGCUGAGAACAUGACUGUGGCCUUAGCCUUGACACUCACAGGUCUGAGCUCUGGAGCAUAUCAUGGACCUUAGCUCUCUAUGUACAAAAUGGAGAUAGCCGUUUUCUUCCUCCUACCCUUAGGGGUGUUGUGAGGCUGAACGGAAACAGGCAAGUGAAUAAGUUUUGUUUCUGAUCUGAAAAAGAAUGAUUAACAUUUUACCUUUAGGUAUGAUAUUUGCUGUAAUUUUUUUUUUUAAAGAUGUCUUGUUUCAAGUUAAGGAAGUGCCUUUUAAAUUUUUGGUUUGUUAGUAGUCUGUAAAGUGAGACUUGUAUUUUGGAUCAUUUAUUUUAAUUCUACUUGCAAUCCAUUACUUAGUAUCUUUAUUUUAAAUGGUUUCUACUAAAUUAGCUAGGUUCAGUAUUUCUGCCAUUUUUUUUUUCUGCUAUGAUGCACAAGAACUCAUUUUAGAAUAAAGUGAAAAGCAAAAUGA